UGCUGAACAAAUGUAUUAAUUUCUGUAAUAAAAACAAAACAAACUCACUCAUAACUUUUAGACAGUAGUGACAAAAAGACAUCCGUUUCGUAUAUGCCUUCUCUAUGAUGUCAGAACUGAAAUAGACUGGUUUGUUCGACAUUGAUUCAUGCUUCUGUGAAUUAUUUUUAGAAAUGUUGAUUUUUUUUUUCUUUCCAACAAUCAGGGAAAAAGUAUUUUCAAUUAUUGAGUCAGGUUGGCAGCUGAAGAAGGGUGUGAGAAAGCUUUGACAUUCUUGUUCUCACAGGAACACAGUGAUGCAGCUAGUCUGAAAUUCGAGUGUGUAAUUUUUUUAAUUUAUGAGAUUUAGGAACUGAUGCAUAGUAUAGGAACUAGAAACUGACAUAGUUUAAAUGAGUUUAAUGUUAAAUCCCUAAUAUCACAUAUUAGCUCAUGCAGGAUUUUAUAGAGCUUGAGUCAUAAACAUCUAAUAAAUUUGACUUCAUGUGAUGGUUGACUAACUGAUGUGUGCUGGUCUGGAUGAGGCGAGUCAGGACCGGUUCCAGCCAUCAGCACUCAAACUCACACAUGAGAGGGGCGAAAAUUAGACAAAGAUAUUUAUAACCACAGCUCUGGUCCCUUCAUCUCUGAGGUCAGGGAUCUGUUUUGGGUGCAGGUGUACUUUAAAAUGCAUUUCAUGUGAGUCAGGAUGGAAACGUCUGACGGUUUUGCAGAUAUUUUGCACUUGCCAUCACCCCCUCACUCACUGUGGUCAUUUAUGACAUCAUGGGAGGUUGUCUGUCUCCAAGAUAGUGCUAAUGAAUUCCGAACAGUUAUCGACAAUAGUGCAGGUACCUCAUUUGCCCUUGUAUCACACACAUGACUUGACACAGAGACUGUUUUACUUCAAAGAUCAGGAUGCCGACUGAAGCUCCCACAAGAUUGAGCCGUCACAAGCAGCUGCUUAACCUCUUUGUACAUUUGUUGUUGUUGUUAUGUCUAGAGCUGAUUUCCAGUGUUUGUAUUUUGAAGGAUAAUUAGUUGUUGAUCCUUCAGAUUGCACCUUUUCUGAUCUUCACCACAUUAAAAAUAGACCCAGUUCUAAAAUUAAUCUAUUAGCUAUUUGUGCACAGGAGCGCACGCUUACCCUGCCUGUUUUAAUUACACAUUACAGCAUAUGACAGAAAUAAAACUAAACAACACAAUAGCAGGAAGAUUUAGUGGCAAUGUGAAGGGCUAGUUAUCCUUUACGUGUGGACACCCGCACGUUCAUCAGCAUUAAUAAGUUAAGACACUAUUAUGUUAUGUAAGCUCUAAUCAGGCAGUGUACGUCCAGCUCAGUGGGCCAGAAUGAUGUCAUGCCAUCUGUGUGGAAUCGUGAUGUGUGAUGUAGCAUCAUGCAAACAGAGCACCCGCAAGAAACAUGAAAUAUUGAUAGCUGCCAUAGGGAGUUCAUAGGAGAAUAAAGCAGCCUAACAAUUUAGCUUAACACAGGUCUGACUGCUGAUGUGGUUUGGAGACCGGGCAGGGGUUAGGGUAAAAGGAAAGAAAUACAAAAGGUACUUUAUGGGUACCAUUUAUUCAUUUUUUAAAGCUCCAAUUCUUUUGUUUGUUUGCUUUUUGUGGUAUGAACUUAACCUUGCAUAAAUAAUAGCUAGUUUUAAAGACUUUAAAUUUUGCCAUAUGCAGUUGAUUUGUUAAUACCAUUUUGUCUUUUCCCAAAAAUGUAACUAAUUAUUAUUGCUACACUGUAUUCUGUUAUAUUAAACAAUUUCUAUGCACAACACUGUUAAUGCAAAAAGCACAAAAAUGUGGGAACAAUGGGAAGACAAUAAUCUUUUUUAAUGAUUGGGUUUUUUUAUUUACGUAAUCUGUCUGCAUUCAUCAAGCUUGAGUAUUCAGCUCUUUUGCCCAAGUUAUGGUAAGACAUUAUUGUUUAUUAAGUAUUUAAUUUAUAGAAAGUUUAUCAAUAACAACAAGCCCAAACUAGCCCAAAAUUACUAAUUGAAGUAGUCUUUUUGUUGUUGUUGAUGUUGUUUUAAACCAUGGUCUUGGACAUUCAUCAAAAAUGACUAACCACUUAUAAAAUUAAGGGUGCAAUAGGAGAUUUUGGAAAAUGCCAACAUUAGUGGGACAGGACUGAAACCGAAUGUCCUACCCUCCCUGCAAUCGCUGACCAAAGCCACACCCCCUGAACACAAAAUUCCAGCCCAUGUUCUGAAGUGAAGAAAACCCCUGCUUAAGGGAGUAGGGAGCAAUGAACACAGUGUCGGGAUCAUAUCGAUUGGAACACAGUUAAUUCAUGAAGCUCACUUCUAACAAGUUGGUCAUCUGAAUGGGGUGUGUUAACUAAGCGAGAGAUGCAAAAUAUGUACGCGAGGACUGGGAUUGGGAACCUCUGGGCAACAUCAUCUGUCAUUCACCAGCAAGAACAUUUUUAAAGUACUACAAUACCAGGAAGGAAGACCAGGUUGUUGAUGUUUGUCUGCCAUUCUAGCUCUGUCUGCACAGCAUGCGUGAACACGCUGAUGACGUAUCCUGUGAGCACAAACAGGGUGCGUAGAGUUAAACAGAUACAUAUGUUAACAGCCAGGUAGGAAAGCCAUUAAUAACACUCAGAGUGUUUUGAUUGGAUGUAUAUUUCUUGGACCAUUGGUCUGACCAUUUGUAGAAAAAGAUAAAAAUAAAAAAAAAAGAGUUUCAGGGCCUAUUUUGUGCUGUAUUCAUCGAAAGUGUGAAAAAGAUGAAGAUCGGCUGACAAACUCUAUGGAAAGAGUGAAGCACAGAGUCAACCAUUGUUUUGCUGAGCACACUGAACACAUUUAAAGGAGAAGAGAGAGAGAGAGAGAGAGAGAGGGUGGCCUGCCUAAUGGCAGAGAGCUGGAUGUCCCAGUGAGGUCAGGUUGGACGGAAGGUCAUGGGGUCAUUUACGUUGGGGAAAGCUGCUUCUCUGGAGCUACUGCUGGAAGCCUGCAUUCGUGCGUUUGAUGAUGAAGGAGAGCUGCAUGAAAAUCAGCUUCCCCGGACCCUUCUGCUGAUGCAUCGCUGGUAUGUGUCCUCCACCGAGCUCGCUGGGAAGCUUCUGCUUAUGUAUCGUGACUGUCGGGGAGAUGACUGCCAGCGGACACGACUGAAGAUCUGCUAUUUAAUGAGGUACUGGAUAGCUGAAUUCCCUGCAGAGUUUGAUCUGGAUCUGGGUUUGAUCCGUCUUACAGAAGAAUUUCGAGAUGCAGCUGCUCAGCUGGGUGGUGACGAGCACAUUAAACUACUUGACAUUUCUACAAUCCCCUCAUAUGACUGGAUGCGUAAACUGACUCAGCGAAAGAAACAGGUGAAGAAGGGUAAAGCGUCACUGCUGUUUGAUCAUCUGGAACCCAUUGAGUUGGCCGAACACCUCACCUUCUUAGAGUACAAGUCCAUCAGGAGGAUUUCGUUCACGGAUUACCAGAGUUACGUAAUCCAUGGCUGUCUAGUGGAUAACCCUACAUUAGAGCGCUCUAUCGCUCUGUUUAAUGGGAUCUCCCAGUGGGUUCAGCUGAUGGUUCUUAGUAAACUCACCCCUCAGCACAGAGCAGAGGUCAUCAACAAAUACAUCCAUGUUGCACAGAAACUGCUCCACCUGCAGAACUUUAACACCCUGAUGGCUGUGGUCGGGGGUCUGAGUCACAGCUCUAUUUCCCGCUUGAAGGAAACUCAUUCUCACCUCAGCCCAGAGGUCACCAAGAUCUGGAAUGAAAUGACAGAGCUGGUUUCGUCAAAAGGCAAUUACUGUGCUUACCGCAAAGCCUUCAGUGAAAGCGAAGGGUUUAAGAUCCCAAUCCUAGGUGUUCACCUGAAAGACCUGAUCGCCGUGCACGUGGUCUUCCCGGACUGGGUGGGGGAUGGGAAAGUGAACAUCGUGAAGAUGCAUCAGCUGUAUCUCACCUUUAAUGAGCUGGUGUCCCUGCAGAGCGCUGUGGCUCAGGUGGAGCCCAACAUGGACUUGAUCUACCUGCUCACUCUGUCCUUGGAUCUGUACUACACAGAGGAUGAAAUAUACGAGCUGUCUCUGCUUCGAGAACCCCGUAACCCCAAAUCUCAGCCCACAUCCCCCACGACGCCCAACAAACCUCUGGCUCCAUUGGACUGGGCCUCUGGGGUCACCACCAAACCAGAUCCCUCGGUGGUGAACAAACACAUCAGGAAAGUUGUGGAUUCUGUCUUUCGUAACUAUGACCACGACCAUGACGGAUACAUAUCUCAGGAAGACUUUGAGAGCAUCGCUGCAAAUUUCCCUUUCCUCGAUUCCUUCUGCGUGCUUGAUAAAGACCAGGAUGGAUUGAUCAGUAAGGAUGAGAUGAUGGCAUAUUUCCUGCGUGCCAACCCGCUGCUGCAGUGUAAGAUGGGGCCUGGAUUUAUUCACAACUUCCAGGAGAUGACUUACCUGAAGCCAACAUUCUGUGAACACUGCGCUGGAUUUCUCUGGGGAAUUAUUAAACAAGGAUACAAGUGCAAAGAUUGUGGUGUGAACUGCCAUAAACAGUGUCGUGAGCUACUGGUUUUGGCCUGUCGACGUCUCCCUCGGUCCACAUCACUAGGCAAUGUGUCUCCUGGAGUGCUCACACACAGCUCUUUACCCAGCAGCCCCAACCUGCCGACCUGUAAAGAUGAUGAUGAUGAGGUGUUUACGUUCCAUGCUGUGUCACCAUCGUCCAGCUCCGACCUGGAGGGAAAGUCCAUCACGCUGAUGACCGGUUCAGCUCAGCGCAUCUCAGUGCGGCUCCAGAGAGCCACCACCAGUCAGGCCACGCAGACAGAACCCCUGUGGUCCGAAAACGGCUGGGUGGCCGUUGCAGACAGCGGUUCACACACCUUCCCCAAGAUGAGGUACAGGCCGCACCGCAAAGUAUCCAAAAGCAAAGGCUUUGCUCGCUGGGAGAACGACACACAGAGUUCGGCAGCGACGAGGAACAGCCGGAGCUCGCAUGACCACAGCGAAGACUCACGGCAGAAUGGACUUGCAGAACAACAUAUGAACAGAAUUAGGACCUCUGAGAUCAGCUGACUUGACUGCUCUGUGGGCCCGUGCAGGACACCCUGGAGCCUGUCAGGACCAGGGCCCAGAGGGCUGUCCGCUCUAGGGGGCGUGCUGGGGUGUCUCAUGCCUCCAGUGGAUCAGGAAUAGGGCCACUAUUUCUACAGCCACAGUAAAAGAGGUGCGUCAGGCAACCCGCGGACUGAACUGGGGGAAGGGUUGCAUCAAAGGAAAGGUCUAAACAGACUAAGCAGAGAGUGACUGCACUGUGCUGUUCUGUAACAGACAGGUUGGAAACCUAAAAGAAUCACUGGAAGCUGAUGUGACGGAUACAUCAGCGUGAUAAUAGAUGUCUGAGCAAGAGUAUUCAAGGUUAUGCCGUUGACGUGUUUUCGACGCACACUCUGAUUUUCUUUCUCCAAAAACACUACUCAGAAAGACACGCUGGAUGUGAAAAUUAUAUUCAGGAUGUCUAAAGUCGUAAGUGGAACUGGCACAUAUGAAGAUAAAUGCAUGUAUCUCAGAACAUUAAAACACUAACUUCAUUUAUGUGUUACCCAGCAACACAUUAUUAUCUGAAGUGGAAGGUACAUUGAGUUUUAAAACCUUUACCCCAAAUAUAAUUAUAAACCCACCUUCACUCUUAAAAAAAACAUAUUAUUUCUCCAAUGUUUUGCAAUAUAGUUGUGUCUCCUGUGCUUGAGAAAAGGCAGUAACCUCUGACCUUAUGCAUCAUUACAUCAACACUGCUUAACAACAUUGUUAGCUAUAUAUCUAUAAAUAUGAAUUCAAAGUCUUCAAUUCUGCCGACACAGGUGUGCCAUCGACCAGGUGUUUAUAUGGCCUCUGUUGCUAAGCGCCAGAUGAGUCCAUCGAUAGUCUGUCGCCAAGACAACACAGUGUCCUUCAACACCAUACUGUAUGUACUGAAAUAAGUCUGACACCCAUACAUCUCAGCUCAGUUAGAGCCCGACAGGCUCAGAUGGGACAAGCCUCAUAUGAUAAUUUUUGCAGACAGUGUGUGUGUGUGUGAGAGAGAGAGAGCGAGUCAGAAACCACAGGUGGAUCAACAGAUCAUCUAAGACAAACAGUGAUUAUAGUCGGUCUUUGAGCCUAUAGGAUUACGUAGAUGCUCUUCUGGCACCUCAAUUGCAGAUUUAAAGAGACAGUUGCCCAAAGAAUGAACAUUCUGUCAUUAUUCACUCACCCUCACGGCUUCAGUAACUAAAAUGAGUUUAUUUAUUGUGGAAAACAAAAGGAUUUUCAUACAAUGAACGUGAAUAGUGACCAUGUCUGUUAGGCAAGAUUUUCAGUGAAUAUCAGUAUAAAUUUUAAUUUAUUUCUCUCCAAAAAAUCGAUUGAAGGCUUAUGAAGACUUGGCAUGAGUCGUAUGGACAAAUAUGGUGUUUUUGUUUUGUUGUUGGUUCUCAUUCACUUUCAUUGUAUGGGAGAUAGAAUCUUGAAAGAAGACUUCACAAAAGAAAGUCAGAUUGUUAAAAACAACAUGCGAGGAAUGAAAGGUGCUUCUCAAUAAAUUAGAAUGUCGAGGAAAAGUUCAUUUAUUUCAGUAAUUCAACUCUCAAUUGUGAAACUCAUGUACUAAAUAAAUUCAAUGCACC